AUGACACAUUCAAUCUUCACAUCUAUGACACAAGCUGUCAAGCUGGCAAUGAGAUUCUUCAUUGAUCUGGCAGGGGGUGGAAAAACACUUUUCAAUGGGAAUGACACCCUCACUAGAGGAGGUGCAAACAAUGCAACCUGUUUAUAUGACGCCGGGUUGAUGAAUCGCGAUUUGAUUGAAAAAGGGAAAAUCAUGAUGAAACAUGUUGGUUCUACAGUGAACAUAGCUGAUGGGCUCACCAAGUCACUGGCGAAGCCUGCAUUUGAAGAAUUUGUCAAGAGGGUUGGCAUUCAGGAAAUUGAGAAGAAGGAAUGA